AUGUUCACGAUACGAUUCACACAUACCCAAGGUGCAGGCGGUGGUGGUGGAGGUGGAGGUGGUGGAGGUGGAGGUGGUGGAGGUGGAGGUGGUGGAGGUGGAGGUGGUGGUGGUGGUGGUGGUGGAGGUGGGAGUGGUUUUGGAGGUACUGGUAGUGGCUGGAACUCUGGAUCCAGUAGUCAUGGCACAACAAACUGUACCGAAGAAUGUCGACGUACUUCAAUUAUUGUCGGCGCUGUGUUUGGUAGUGUAAUCGGAAUUCCAAUGAUCUGUGUAUCCUGUUUCAUAUGUAUCUUUUUAUGCCAUGGAUUCUGUGGUUGUUCUGCUGAUUGUUGUUAUUCAAUCUUUACUUGCAAAUACCGUAAAAGAGUGCCACCCGAAUCGAAGAAAAUUGCUGUCAUAUUGAAUUCACCUCCAUGUACAACCGAGCUUUUAACUGUAGACGCAACAGCUCCCUCUCCAUCACACACGGCACUUCCACCAAUUUUACCUAUUGAAUUUACUUCCAUUUCACGCGCUAAGCUUCCUCCAAUUCUAAAUUCUCAAACAUCGAUAAUAAAUGUCUUUCAAUCAGGUUGUUAUAAUAUGCGCUACUAUCAAUAUUUUAAAUGGCAUGGAUCUUUCCUUGUUCAAAUGGAAUUCAACAAUGGAAAUGUUCAAGGUAAUGGUACUGACGAUGUCGGCUCAUAUGAUGUUACGGGAAGCUACUCAACCGACGACAAUCGUCUAACUUUAACAAAACAAUAUAAACGUGGAACUGGAGAUCCUCGUGAGAAUUUCGGGCAUCAAGUCAAAAUUGAUUUGAAAUGGAAUGAUCAAGCACAACAUUUCGAUGGGCAAUGGGUUGUCAGAACAGCAAGCUACUUUGGUCAAGAUAAGUUCGAAUUGAAAUUAAGACCAUAUGUUAAUGCAGUGUAG